CGAGAGGAGGUGUGACUGUCCUGGAGCGGGAAGGGAGGAAGCUCCGGGUGAAAUAGAGUUGUGCGAUAGGGUUCCAAACGUGACGCUGGUUACCGGAAAAGUGCUGCCGGGGUCGCGAUUCUGCACCGCGAGGCAAGAUGCUCAAGUCCAAAACGUUCUUAAAAAAGACCCGGGCGGGCGGUGUGAUGAAAAUCGUGCGCGAGCACUACCUGCGGGAUGACAUUGGCUGCGGCGCUCCCGGCUGCUCGGCGUGCGGCGGCGCGCACGAAGGGCCGGUCUUGGAGCCACAGCCCCAGGACCCGGCCAGCACCCUCUGCCCAAGUCCGCACUAUUUGCUGCCGGACACCAACGUGUUGCUGCACCAGAUUGAUGUUCUCGAAGAUCCGGCCAUCAGGAAUGUGAUUGUGCUGCAAACAGUUCUCCAAGAAGUGAGAAAUCGGAGCGCCCCUGUGUAUAAACGAAUCCGAGAUGUGACGAAUAACCAAGAGAAGCAUUUCUAUACGUUUACUAACGAGCACCAUAGGGAAACCUAUGUGGAACAAGAACAGGGAGAAAAUGCGAAUGACAGGAAUGAUAGAGCCAUUCGAGUAGCAGCAAAAUGGUAUAAUGAACAUUUAAAGAAAUUGUCAGCAGAGAAUCAGCCACAAGUUAUCUUCAUAACAAAUGACAGGAAAAACAAAGAGAAAGCUGUAGAAGAAGGGAUACCAGCUUUCACUUGUGAAGAAUAUAUUAAGAGCUUAACUGCUAACCCUGAACUCAUAGAUCGUCUUGCUUGUUUGUCUGAAGAAGGGAAUGAAAUAGAAAGUGGGAAAAUAAUAUUUUCCGAGCAUCUUCCCUUAAGUAAGUUACAACAAGGUAUAAAAUCUGGUAUUUACCUUCAAGGAACCUUUAGAGCCAGCAGGGAAAAUUACUUAGAAGCUACAGUAUGGAUUCAUGGAGACACGGAAGAAAAUAAAGAGAUAAUAUUGCAAGGACUUAAACAUUUAAACCGAGCGAUUCAUGAAGAUAUUGUGGCUGUGGAGCUUUUCCCCAAGAGUCAGUGGGUGGCACCAUCUUCUGUGGUUUUGCAUGAUGAAGGUCAAAAUGAAGAUGAUAUGGAGAAAGAAGAGGAGAAAGAGCGCAUGCUGAAAACUACUGUCAAUGAAAAAAUGUUAAAGCCUACAGGUAGAGUUGUAGGAAUAAUAAAAAGGAAUUGGAGACCAUAUUGUGGCAUGCUUUCCAAGUCCGGCAUCAAGGAGUCCAGAAGACAUCUCUUUACGCCUGCUGAUAGAAGAAUCCCUCGAAUUCGGAUAGAAACCAGACAGGCUUCUACAUUAGAAGGACGGAGAAUAAUUGUUGCUAUUGAUGGUUGGCCCAGAAAUUCCAGAUAUCCAAAUGGACACUUCGUAAAAAACUUAGGCGAUGUUGGAGAGAAAGAGACUGAAACAGAAGUUCUGUUACUUGAGCAUGAUGUUCCCCAUCAGCCCUUUUCCCAGGCUGUACUCAGCUUUCUGCCAAAGAUGCCCUGGAGCAUUACUGAAAAGGACAUGAAACACCGAGUAGACCUGCGACAUCUCUGUGUUUGUAGUGUGGACCCGCCAGGAUGUACAGAUAUAGAUGAUGCCUUGCAUUGCAGAGAACUGGAAAAUGGAAAUUUGGAGGUUGGGGUUCAUAUUGCUGAUGUUAGCCAUUUUAUCAGACCAGGAAAUGCCUUGGAUCAAGAAUCAGCCAGAAGAGGAACAACUGUGUACCUUUGUGAAAAGAGGAUUGACAUGGUUCCAGAGUUGCUUAGCUCUAACUUAUGUUCCUUAAGAUGUGAUGUUGACAGGCUGGCAUUUUCAUGUAUUUGGGAAAUGAAUCACAAUGCCGAAAUCUUAAGAACAAAAUUUACCAAAAGUGUCAUUAACUCCAAGGCUUCUCUUACAUAUGCUGAAGCUCAGAUGAGAAUUGAUUCAGCAACCAUGAAUGAUGAUAUCACCACUAGUCUUCGUGGACUAAAUAAGCUAGCUAAAAUUCUGAAAAGAAGAAGAAUUGAAAAUGGGGCUUUGACUCUUUCUUCUCCAGAAGUUCGAUUCCACAUGGACAGUGAAACUCAUGAUCCUAUAGAUCUGCAGACCAAGGAACUUAGAGAAACAAAUUCCAUGGUGGAAGAAUUUAUGUUACUUGCCAAUAUCUCUGUUGCCAAAAAAAUUCAUGAAGAGUUUUCAGAACAUGCUCUGCUCCGAAAACAUCCUGCUCCACCUCCAUCAAAUUAUGAAAUUCUUGUUAAGGCAGCUAAGUCCAAGAAUUUGGAAAUUAACACUGAUACUGCCAAGUCUUUGGCUGACUCUUUGGACCGGGCUGAGUCUCCUGUUUUCCCGUAUCUAAACACUCUGUUAAGAAUAUUAGCCACCCGCUGCAUGAUGCAAGCUGUGUAUUUCUGUUCUGGAAUGGAUAAUGACUUUCAUCACUAUGGCUUAGCAUCGCCAAUAUACACACAUUUUACUUCACCCAUCCGAAGAUAUGCGGAUAUCAUUGUUCAUCGGCUGUUGGCUGUGGCUAUUGGAGCUGACUGUACUUAUCCAGAGUUGACAGACAAACACAAACUUGCAGAUAUUUGUAAAAAUUUGAAUUACCGGCACAAAAUGGCUCAGUAUGCCCAACGUGCAUCAGUGGCAUUUCACACCCAGUUAUUUUUCAAAAGCAAAGGAAUAGUAAGCGAAGAAGCCUAUAUUCUAUUUGUAAGAAAGAAUGCCAUCGUGGUGUUAAUUCCAAAAUAUGGUUUAGAAGGUACAGUCUUUUUUGAAGAAAAGGAUAAACCAAAGCCACGGCUUAUUUACGAUGAUGAGAUACCUUCACUUAAAAUAGAAGAUACAGUGUUCCAUGUGUUUGAUAAAGUCAAAGUGAAAAUUAUGUUAGAUUCAUCUAAUCUUCAGCAUCAGAAAAUCCGAAUGGCCCUGGUGGAACCUCAGAUACCAGGGAUAAGCGUUCCUAUGGAUAUUUCAAAUAUGGAUUCUGAACCAGGGAAAAAGAAGAGGAAGCUUGAAAAAUAGCUACAUUCGAGAAAAAUUUUCAAAAACUGGUUUAAAAAAAAUCUUGAGAGACCACUUCUAAGCCUAAGUGUGUGUGAUAGUUUGUUACUUUUAAGUAUAUUUUAAUAAUUUUAGAAAUUUGCAUUUUUAUUGAACUGUUGACUGUCUUUAUCAUACCACUUUGUUUCCAGAUUGAACAGAACUAUUUAUGCGAAAAAUUCAGUUGAUUAUCCAUCACUUAGUGACAGGAUGAGCAACGUCAGGGAUCUGUACAGAUCAUUGAAAUGGAGCACUCAUCUGCUCAUUGAAGGGCAGAUUAAUGUUACAUAACCACUUCAAUAUUGGUAGGAAAAAACCCCAUCAUUUUCCUAACACAGGAAAAUGAGCAUUUGAGAAGGAACAAUCUUUCCAAAUCUUGAAAGCCAUCAGUGUUUGGUAUUUAAUCUUUUUUGCCAUCUUUAAUUUACCUAACUUACAUUAAGUAUUCCCUCUACUGUUUUUUAAGUGGUCCUUGCACAGCUAUGUUUAGCAAUUGGUAGGAAACCAAGAUAAAAACAGGAUAAUGAGAGCUGACUUGGAAAAUACUUUUUUUAUUACCAGGUAGUAAGUGUGAUUAUAUUCCUUGACUUUCAGCUCUAAUCUCUCCCCAGGAUAGGGAAUCAGCUCAGAGAAAUACAGAUGGUAAAUGUCUACAUCUUUUUAUCUUGUAAAAACAUAAUGGGUUUUAAAUUCCAUUUGUAUCAGAUUAUAUAGGAGAGGAGGAAUUGUAUAAGAACAUAAUAAAAGGAACAGAUUUAAAUUAGUUUUAUAAUUUGGUGUGUCAGAUUGACUACUUUCCUAUUAACCAUAGAGAUUACCAAUGACUAAAUGUGUUUUCAGUAUUUUGAGAUACAGUUUCUUAAAACCUUUGACUUGUUAAAAAUUUUUAUUUGAAAGAGUGACAGAGAGAGGGACAGAAUUUCCAUCCUCUAGUUCACUCCCUCAGUGGCCACAAGGGUUGGGACUAGGCCAGGCCAAAGCCAGGAAUUCUGAGUCUCCUAUGUCGGUGGCAGGGUUCCAAGUCCUUGGGUCAUCUUCUGUUGCCCUCGCAAGCGCAUUAGCAGGGAGCUGACUGGAAGUGGAAUAGCUGGAACUCGAACAGGUAGUCUGAUACGGGAUGCCGGUGUUGCAGGCAGUGGCUUAACCCUGCCGUCUGCAAUGUCAGCCCCAAGACCUUUGACUUGGCUUUUCAAUUCCUAAAGCAUUUGAUGGUGUUAUCAGGUCAAUCAUCAGUCAAGUAAACUCUCCCUUCAAAGAGCUUGCAGUAUGAGAAAAGACUGGCAGACAAAUCAGUGGUAUCCUAAGUGACUACAAUUAACAAUAUUUACAAUUAUUUAGGCAUUCAGUAAUGGUUGAGUGUUCCCAGUUUUCUGUUAUUGAAGGAAACAUCCAUGCACUGAGGCAGAACUCAUUUUAACUGAAGGGAAACAGCCUGAAGUAGUUUUUGAUCCAAGUAAAGUGGGGACAAUGACUAACAUACUCAAGCAAUAUGGGGUACUUACUUCUGCCGUAGCUGUAGUGAGUGAAGCAGCCAGACAGUAUGUAAACAAGUGAGCAUGGCUACACUCCGAUAUCUUUCUCAAUAGAUAUGGAUAUAAGUUUCAAAUAAUUAUCCUGCAUCAAGCAAGUUAGUAGGGAGCUGGGUCAGAAGCAGAGCAGCCUUGACCUAGACUGGCUGCUCCACUACGGGGUGCUGGCAUUGCAGUCACUGCACCACAAAUGCUAGCCCCAUGAUUUUUUUUUUUUUUUUUUUUGACAGGCAGAGUGGACAGUGAGAGAGAGAGACAGAGAGAAAGGUCCUCCUUUGCCGUUGGUUCACCCUCCAAUGGCUGGCAAGCUGCGGCCUGCGCACCGCGCCGAUCCGAUGGCAGGAGCCAGGUGCUUCUCCUGGUCUCCCAUGGGGUGCAGGGCCCAAGCACCUGGGCCAUCCUCCACCGCACUCCCUGGCCACAGCAGAGAGCGGGCCUGGAAGAGGGUCAACCGGGACUAGAACCCGGUGUGCUGGCGCCGCAAGGCGGAGGAUUAGCCUAGUGAGCCGCGGCGCUGGCCCCCAUGAUCCUCUUUUUAAUAUCAAAAAUAAUGAAGUUUAUGGCUCAUAAAGUAAUGAGAGUGGAGAGGAAUUUUAAAUGCUGAUUAAAAUAACUGCUUCAUUCAUUCUUGACUUGUGCUAGUAAAAAAUGAUAGCCAGGGAAGCUCUUAUCCUUAUCACCUAGAGCUCCUCUUUGAUUUGUAGCAGUUGUAUUUUUCUUUUUUUUAAAUUGUAUAUAAUUGGCCGGCGCCGCGGCUCAAUAGGUUAAUCCUCCACCUAGCGGCGCCGGCACACCAGGUUCUAGUCCCGGUCGGGGCACCGGAUUCUGUCCCGGUUGCCCCUCUUCCAGGCCAGCCCUCUGCUGUGGCCAGGGAGUGCAGUGGAGGAUGGCCCAGGUGCUUGGGUCCUGCACCCCAUGGGAGACCAGGAAAAGCACCUGGCUCCUGGCUCCUGCCAUCGGAUCAGCGCGGUGCGCCGGCUGCAGCGCACUGGCCGCGGCGGCCAUUGGAGGGUGAACCAACGGCAAAGGAAGACCUUUCUCUCUGUCUCUCUCUCUCACUGUCCACUCUGCCUGUCAAAAAUAAAAAAAUAAUAAAUAAAAAAUAAAUAAAUAAAUUGUAUAUAAUUUAAGAGGCAGAGUUACAGAGAGAGGCAGAGACAGAAAUGUCUUCCAUCUAGUAGUUCACUUCCCAAAUGGCUGCAAUGGCUGGAGCUGGGCCAAUUUGAAGCCAAGAGCCUGGAGCUUUUUCCAGGCCUCCCCCGUGGGUGCAGGGGCCCAAGCACUUGGGCCAUCUUCCACUGCUUUCCCAAGUGCAUCAGCAGGGAGCUGGAUCGGAAGUGGAGCAGCCAGGACACAAACUGGCACCAAUAUGGGAUGCCGGCACUGUAGGUAGAGGUUUAGCUGUCUAUGCACAGUGCCAGCCUUGCAGCAGUUGUUUUUAUGUGAAUUUAUUAUUCACUCAACACCCUAUGUAACUAAAGACUCAGCUUCCUAAUAUGGUUAAUGGGUGGCUGAAGAUGAGCUAGGUAUACAAGAAGGAAUCUGUAGGCUUCCUAGGUACAAGAUAAGGAUGAAAAAGACACACUGAUAAUGUUUGUCUUUAUUUCCUCAGGCUACACAUAAAUCAUUCCUUUUUUGGGAGAUGAUUAGUACAUAUGUAUGUUAUCCAAUGAUACUUCCCAACAUUAUAUCCAUCUGCUCCCAACACUGAUUUAAGUUUUUCAAAACUAGUUGUAUGUGACUCACAUACCUGCCUUACUUCAUGCAUCUGAGCCCUACUGGAACUCUGCUCUCCCAGUAGCCAGUUUUUCUCUGGGUUCUCCCAUGUUCUUUCCUCUGCCUAGCUGGGUCUGAGCUAGAAAGGUUACCCCACUCAAGGGAUGGAGGUAUUUAUUUUACAAAGCACACAGUGCCCCUUUGUAACACAUUUUUACCUGUUAUCAGAACCACUGCUAAAUCCAGUGCUGUUGAGGCUUCAUAAGCAGUGUAUUGAUCCUGUAGAACAGGAGCCAGUCAGCAGCUCUGUUAGUUUUCUAGCAUUAAACAUGUCACUCAAGGUAAGUACAAAAAUAUUUAUUAAUAAAAAAUAUACUUGUAGUUCAGCAACUUAAGGUUCCAGGAGUUGCUAAUAUGUUAACCAGAUUAAGCCCUUCAUUUUUCACAUUAAGGAGGGAGAGCAAAAUCUCAGCAUGUUACUUGAAGUAGUUUCUUCCCAGGCACCAUCACAUUUUUGAUUUUGUGUAUGAAAUAUGGAAGGAGCUGCGCAGUGAGUCUUUGUUUCUGACAGAGGUAUUCUAUGGGCUGCCGCAUGGAGAGGGACUUGCUGUUUUCAUCCAACACCUCUGUGUUGUGUGGUCUUGCUGUGAAGAAAGAAGGAAAUGCCUUGUUUUUAAAUAGCAUCAUUCAAGGAUGCAACUACUAUGGGAACUAUUUUUAAAACUUGAAAUGAAAUUUCUUACUAAAGAUACAGAAAGAAUUCUUCCUGUGUCUUAAUGCCGACUAUCAUAAUCAACUUUGUUCAAGUUGAUCUUGAAAAAGAGAUCUGUUCUUACAUUAAAACAGAAUUGCAAAAUGGAAGAAAGGAAAAAUAAUUUCAUUUAGAGUUGUGGUCAUUUAUACAUUUGCUACUGUUUCUAGCGUUUAUUAAUAAAUUGGCAUAUAAAAUCAAAGAAUGUCUUGAGAAGUGCCUAAAAGUACGAUGGGUUUCUUCAAGUAUAAAUAGAUAGUAGUAAUCACUAAUCACCAUACCUAGAAGGCUGAGUAAAUGUCCUGUACAAACACAUUGUAAGUUACUUGUGUGUUCUUUCAUUCAGAGCAAAUAAUGUUCAAAGGCUACUGAAUCUAAGAAAACAGCCCUUUUUGUGUUUUUAAUUAACGUGAAGUCUGAAUUGUAGUAUUUCUCAGAAUCUAAAUUUUUAUAUGCUUAGCUUCCAGAUAUCUGCAAUAUUUCACAGACAGCAAAAUCAACAUUAGGGGCAAAAGACUGACUCCCAUAUUCCUUUGUAAGGAACUGAUGUCAAGCACCCUUCCAAAACUGAACUGGUCCUCCCUCUCCUACAACCUCUUCUCUUACCUUCUCCCAUAGUGAAAGAGCUAGAAAAGUGAAGUGUGUACAUUUUUAAAAACCAGCUUUUGCCACUGUUAAAUAAGCAGGACAUAAACAUACUUAACUUGAAACAGAGUGGAGGGAAAAUAGAUUAUAAAAAGUUGGAGUUAGUAAAUACUUUUCAUCUAUAAACUAUUUUAAGCUAUUUGUAUUUUCUGCAUACCUUUGUAUUAAAAACUUGAGGUUUGUUUUCAAUUUCAAAGGAUUGCACAUCACUUUCUGCUCCAACUGCAUCCAUGAGAUUGCUUCCACAAGUGUGCGUAUUAUAGCCGCUAUCCAUCUGACAUGAGGAAGAGGAAAAGAGAAAAAAACCCUAAGGAUUAAAAUGGCAAACUCUAGUUCACUUAUCAAUAACCCAUAAAAUACAUUGUGAGAACUCAGAAGUUAAAUAGUUGAGUGAAUAACUAUAUAGUGUCAUUUACUGCAUUUGAAAAGUAAUAUGUAAUAUGGAUCACAAUAAAAUUUUUAAAAAACAUAAAAGGUAGUUCUGUACAGAACUGAUGAUUUUUCAGUGUAACUUCAUAAUUCCUUCCAGUGAAAUAUAUCUUGUAAUUCCCUUUAGAAUCAAUUAACAAGCCAUUGAAAACAUGUUUUCUUUCCUGUUACUCUGUGAUCAUACCCAGUAGAAGAAAAUGAGUGUUAUGAUCAAUUUUACCCUCUAACUCAUUUUCCCAGUUUGUCUCUAAAUGGCUUAGUUGUAACUCUAAAUUUUACCUAAGAGGUAUGCUGCCUUUAAAAGUAUUCAAAAUAACACACAUUCUUAAAUGUGGGUUACAUCACACCCAGUUGUUCAUAAUCGUGCCACAAGUAUAAUGAAUGGCUCUACAUUGAUAGUUCAGGUUUUUAAGGUAACAAAAAUUCUAGCAUUCUAAGACACACUGUUCUAAUCCAUAAGAGCAAAAUAAAGAUUCUAACAAACUUCCAGUUGUGCAUGUCAAGUAGUCCCCUUUUAUCUGCAGGGGAUAUGUGAAACCUCCCAGUGAAUUCCUGACAUAUAUAAUAUCUGGAUGCUUAUAUAUACUAUUUUUCAUAUAUAUAUUCACAUUACAAAUGUGAAAACAUGCAAAAGUUAAGGUAUAUUUUUCAUGAGCCCCUUUUAUGUAUAUAACUUUUAUUAAUUAAAUAUAACUUUUAAUUUACAAAUUAGGCACAAUGAGAGACUAUCUUGACAUUUAUAACACCUUUCACCUGAUCCUUUGCAAAAUUAGGAUCAGAGGGAAGACUGACCAUGAACUUUUACUAUUCUCACCAACACAGAAUAGCCUAGAAGGUAAACUCUGCCACCCGUAACUAAGAAAAAUGUGCCAGUUUUUUUGGAUAUAUGCAUAUCUGCUCACCACUAGGAGUCAUGUGCCAUUAGUAUGAAAGUCUUGUGACAUACAGAAUUUAACAUCAGUCAUAUCUCAGGAAACACCUUGUCUGUAUCAGUAGAUAUUUGAUCAAAAAUAUAAAUAACAGAUAGCUUCCAAAGAAUCUGCUAAUUACUCUUCUAAUAUUUAUCACUGCCAGCUAAGUGGCUCCUAACUCACUGCUAAUACUUGACAUUACAUCAGGAGAAAGGUUGAAUCUGUCAGGCUCUGGGAAGAGCAGUAUCAAUGGGAGACCUGUUAAGAUGGUAGCAGAUGGGGCUGGCAUCUCAAAUCAAGUGCUGAUUCAAGUCCCGGCUGAUCCAGCUUCCUGUAAAUGUACCUCAGAAGGAAGCAGAUGGCUUAAGUGGCUGGGACCCUGCCACCAACAUUGGAGAUGUGGACAGAGUUCCUGGCUACUGGCUUCUGACUGGCACAAGCCCAGCUGUUGAGGCCAUUUGGGGAGUCAGCAGAUAGAAGAUCUGUUUCACUGUCUCUCAUCUAGACAAUUACUCAUGUCACUGCCCACUGUGUACCAACUAGGCAACACAGAUCAUCAUACUCUCUGCAGAUGUAGUGGUACUCAUCAGUUCCAUUUUAUAGCUGGGGAGGAGGGAGAAGAUGCUAAAAAAAAUCAUGAAAAAGUCAUGCCCUCGUCACUAUCAGGGUAUCUUGCCUUAAGAUCCCACAGCUUGGGAUUAAAAGAACUUGUCGCUCCCCCAUUCGUGGAGGAACGACACAGGACCCUGCGCUGUUCUUUUGUCUGCUCGGCCCUUCCCGGGUUUGCUGUUGGUCCUUCCCGGGUUGGCUGCCGACCCCUCCACCUCCGUGGAGGGGCGGCUCCCCCUGCCACUUUCCCCACUUCCACGGGGCAGUGGCACACCGCCGGCCGGCUCUCUUGGGGGCUGCUCAGAUGUUAUCCAGAUGUUCCUGGUGCAUGUUGUCUCUCUCCUCCUUUAUAGUCCUCUUCCACCAAUCCCAACUCUGCUACCCGCACGCCAAGCACGCUGCUCUCCUCCAAUCAGGAGCAGGAUCAGCUCCUGCAGCUUAUCAGUCAAGUUGGUGAGAGGCAGUUGUGUAGAAGUUGUUUACUCCCUUUCAGCGCCAUAUUGUGGGAGAGCAGAUGCAUAGAAUAAAUCCCAAUUCCAGUAACUUAGUCUAGUCCGAGUUGCUCCCCACAGAACUCAAAUUCAAACUUAACUCUAAUUGCCCAGUUUCUGUUCUUCCAACUGAGGGUGUCUCUCUGUUGUCAUCCUACACACACCACAUAAACCAGAUGCCACCGUCUUCUGAAAACUUUAAAAGGUUUGCAAUAGGCAACAGUUGUGUCUUACAAAGGCAUUUUUGAUAUAUGGCCUCCAUGUCAGCCCACCCUCAUUCUCAGUCCCCCUUGCUGGCUACCAUUCAGAGGUCUCCCCUUAGAAUCUACUGAUUGAAAACCAACAGUGUUCAGGGACUGUUUACUCAGGCUAUGAUCAUAUUAUUAUCCUUAAUCCUGUUUUCCUAUCUCCAGUUUAAAGAGCUAACAAGCUGAAACAAGUUGCCACUUCUUGAUAUUUAUAAAAGGGACAGAGCUGGGCUGUAAGCUGAAACCUGCCAUUAUGCUCCCAGCAACCCGUGUUCUCUAUCUACUGCUAUGCUGCUGGUUUCCAGGGCUCUAGAUUCUACCCUAAACUGCAUGCCUCAAUCCCCUCAUCUAUAAAAUGGAUCACAGAUAAAGAUAGCUACUCCAUUUGUAAGCUAUCAUGGUGAUUAGACUCAGUGCAAAAUGCUUUGCAGACUAUAGUACUUGAACUCAUAAUUGAUACUUUUUAAAGAUUAAUUUCUUUAUUUAAAAGGCAUAGUUACACACACACACACACAAAUAGGAAACAAAAAAGAAAGGCAGAAUUACAGAGAAGAGAGAUCUUCCAUUUGCAGGUUCUAUCCCUAAAUGGUCCCAACAGCUGAAGCCAGGAUCCAGGAACUCUAUUAGGAUCUCCCAUGCGGGUGCAAGGGGCCCAAGUACUUGGGCCAUCUUCUGCUUUCCCAGGGCAUUAACGGGGAGCUAGAUUGCAAGUGGAGCAGCUGGGACUCCACAUGGGAUGCUGGUGUCACAGGUGGUGGCUUAACCCAUUGCCCACAGAUACCUCGUAUUAACAACUAUCCUGCCAAUCUUAACUAUUUAAAAAUCCUCUCCCUCUCUUCCUCAUUUAAAUAUACUGUUUCUAAGUAAAAAGCAAAUUACAAAAUGAUCUUGGACUUGUUAUUCUCCUCAGUUAUUGUCUUUCCCCUCACAAGUAACCUUCUUCAGAGAGCUUUAUUUCAUUAAUUCACCUCCAUUUGCUUUGUAUCUCCUUACCUCAAGCCUGUUCAGUUACCAGUUCCUUCUAUUAUUAAUGCAACAGCCAUGUUUCAAGCUCUCUAUUCCUUGCUCCUAUUUGGCCAGUACUAACCCUUCUUUCCUGUGUGAGAUGCUCCAAGACACCAUGCUUUCCUAGAGUCUUUUCCUCCUCUUUGGUUGGUUGGUCUCAGUCUCCUUCAAGAGCUCUGCGUCCAUUAUCCAACCCCUGAAUGUUUCCUCAGGGCUCCAAAUCUUGACCCACUUGUUCUCACUAUAUACAGUCCAUCUGGUUGAAUCUACCUAUGUAUUCAUUAUACAAAUAUUUAAUGAGUAGCUAUUAUUUACCAGGGCUUUUUUUAAAAUAUAAAUAAGCAUUGGGGAUAAAGAAAAACAUACCUGAUUGCUGGAUUAAUAGUCUGGAAAGAACACCAAAUGCUCUUGGAGUUAUGAGAGCAUUUAAUGAGGUCUAGCCUGGCUAGUGCGAUCAGGGAAGCCUUCAGGGAAUAUGUGAACAGGUGAGGUGGGAUAGAAAGAGAUUCUACACAGUCUGUGCAAAGGCCCUUUGCCAGGAGGAAAUACAGCAAUUCAAAACUCUCGAAGGCCAGUGGGACUGAAACAAAGAAAAUGAGGUGAAACAAGUUGAAGACGGAGAGUAGGGGAAGGGCUAGACCAUGCAAAGCCUUGCUUGGACACCCACAUCUCAUAUCACACUGCCAGUUUGAGUCCCAGCACCUCUGCUUCCAAUCUAGCUUCCUGCUAAUGCUUCCCAGGAGGCAGCAGAUGAUGGCCCAAGUGCUUGGGCCUCUGCCCUCCAAGGAAGAGACCCAGAUGGAGUUCAUGGCUCCUGCUUUGGCCUGGUCCAACACUGGCUAUCAUGGGUUUGGGGGAGUGAACCAGCGGCUCUGCCUUUUGAAAGAUGAACAUACAUAACACAAUGAUGGGUAUAUGUAAACUUGAGAAAAUCUCCCAAAAAAUUAGAAAAGGAAAAUAAAAAAAAUGCAUAGACAUAGUAAAGAAAACUAGAGAAUCUAAAGGUGUUUCACAGAAUAAAAAUUACAAGAGAGAAAUAUUGAGAUUUUAUUCAAUAAAAGGUCCAAGAAGUAGAGAGUGAAAGUCUAUAGACCAUUAGGGCAUUCUGUGUGCUUGGUACAAAGGAUGACAAGAAACCUACACCAGGGCUGGUGCUGUGGCAUAGCAGGUAAGGCCGCUGCCUACAGUGCCAGCACCAGUUUGAGUCCCAGCUGCUUCACUUCCAGUCCAGCUCUCUGCUAUGGCCUGGGAAAGCAGUGGAAGAUGGUCCAAGUCCUUGGGCCCCUGCACCUACGUGAGAGACCCAGAGGAAGCUCCUGGCUCAUGGCUUCGGAUUGGCUCAGCUCUGGCCAUUGCAGCUAUUUGGGGAGUGAACCAGCGGAUGGAAGACCUGUCACCUGCCUGUCUCUCUGCCUCUGCCUCUCUGUAACUCUUUCAAAAAAAGAACACCAGAGAACACCCCUGAAAUUUCAGAAAUCUGUGGAAAAAUAGAGUCUACGCAUAUCCAGAGAGGAAAAAAGAGACCAUGAGCAGAUUUAGCACUGGCAUAGUUCCAGAUCUCCCAAGAAUAAUACUGCAAUAAAAUGAAGCAACACCUCAACUAUACAAGGCAAUUAUUUCUAAAUUCUCACAUGUAAGAAAAAAGGAAUAUAUCAGACCUGCAGUGUCUUAAAAAUGUUUCUUCUUCAAAAAGCCUUAAGAACAAUGUGUUCUUAUAAAAUGAGAAGUAAACCAGGAAAAAGAAAAAGGCCCAGAAAACAAGAUACAGAACACAGGAGAGGUUUGUGGCACACUCCAAGGUGAUGAUGAAGGGGAUCAACCCACAGUGAUUCCCAGAACUCAAAAGGUUCUGGGAAACUAUGGCUGCGUGUGCAUGCUUUAAAGCUAACUAACUGGUAGAAAAAAAUCCAUGAGAACAUUUUUAGCCUACAAAUAGUUGUGCAAAAAGCAAGCAUUAUGAUGUGAGGGCCAAAUUAAAACAGACUACUAUGUAGAUAUCACAGCUAAAACUAUAUUUUAAAAGGAAGAGCUUUGCAAUGGUAAGGGAAAGACAAAAACAAAAUGGAAUACUCUUGCAGUUAUGCAAACACAGACUGGAUGACAACUUAAUGGAGACUGCAAUUAUAGAAUACGGACUUCCAAGGGGUAGUUGGAUUUGAUUAUUAAGGUGUAUUUCAACAGAAGUGCUUUGUAAUUUCUAUGACUAUAUGUGCUUUUCCUACUUGGGAAACAACCUUAAAAGCUAAAAUUUAUAAAUGUGAUUUUGUGUGUGCAUCCAAGGAAUACAGAAUUCAGAACAGGUAAUAGAGGCAUAAAAAUAUGAGCAAAAGCUUGUAUUUAAUUUUCAGUCAUUUAGAAUCCUUACAAGAGUUUUGAACUUUUGCAAGCCAAACUCAACAACACUAAAGCAUUACAGGUUUUUGUGAGAAUUAAAUGAACUUACUUAUCUGUACAAAAAAAGUGGUUAGAAAAAUGCCUGGCAUGGAAAGCCAAGACACUCUGGGGGAAAAAAAAAAAAAAAAAAAAAGAAGACCUAAAUGAAA